AUGAGCAAAAGGUUCCCUUCACUAUACAGCAAAAAAUCAAAUGAAACAUCACAUGAUGAUCGUCAGGGAAAUCGAAGUGUGUCAUCUAGUUCAUUCAUCAACGGAACACGAGUAAAUAGUCUUUACAGGCAUGAAUCACAUUCAAAAGACAACUCCUUUAAUAGCACAUUUAUAAAUACUUCACAUUACAAUCGUUCUUUAAGCAACAACCCAUCUUCAAUAUUUAAGCCGCAAGAUGCUGACGAAGUAGUGGGUUGGAUUGACAACAUUAAAGCACGUUAUGAGAACUUGAAAUCCAAACAGCAACAGGAGCUCAACGAAUUGUUACAGCGAAAACAAGAAGAAGAUAAUAAAAGAAGGUUGAAAUUGGACAUGCAACAGAAACAUUUUGAUGAAGAUUUUGAAAAGUUGGGCAAACUACUUGAAGAGAAGGAGGCAGCUAAAGCCUUGAUAGAGAGGGGAUCAUUGUCUCUACCCCAGAAUCUACUGUCUUUUCACAAUAAACGAUUGCCAAAUUGGACGCAUCAAAGGAAGGACGGCAAUGUAGAUGAAGACGAUGACAUGGAAGAUUCAGAAGUUGAUAACAUGGACCAAGACGAUAUUGAUCAACCCCAUAAUAUGCAAUUUGAGAAAAAUAGUGAUGUGCCGGUGAAUGAAGCAUAUCGAAAAUGCACUAGUCAACCCGAUCAAGACCAAGUGAUUGAAAUUUCUUCCGAUUCAGAACCAGAUGAAGAACUGGAACGGGAGGCGUAUGAGCCAUCUACUCAUACUUCUCGGUUUGGCCAUCAUAAUAACAACCAAAAUGACUCGAUAUACCAAAUUGCACGAAAUGCAGUUACUUAUUCACAGUCCGCCAAUAGAAGAAUUGAUCUAUACGGCAAUAAGUUUGCAUACGCUGAUAAAGGGCAAGAAGGUUAUAGCGAAAAGGAAUAUCAGCAGGAAGGUUAUUAUGAAAUUGGGGGUUACAACGAAGAGGAGAACUAUAAUAAUGAACAAAGCUGCUAUCAAGCGGAAGGACAUGAAGAAAGUGAAAAAUACGAAGAUGAAGGUUACGAAGAAAAGCAUGAUCAUGGAUAUGCUUACCGGGAUCUAGAGGAAGAAAAUGCCUUCGGGACAAAACCUUUGGAUAGAGACUAUCUGAAUUCACAAGCCGAGGAAGAAAAAACACAUGAGUUCGACUCCGGUGGUGACAACGAGUCAUAUGAAGAGGUUGAAUCAGCUUUGGAAGUCGAAUCAGACUACGAAGGAGAGGAGGCACAGGAUAGAUACGAAUCAGACGAGGAGGAGUUCAGAUCAACGAUUCAAGAAGAUGAUUACGGGCAGAGCCCUCGAACUGAGAUAUAUCAAGUCGAUCUGCUGGGUGAGAGUAGCAUGGACUCGGGGAUCGAAUCAGUCGGUUUCAUGGAAUAUGUAUCUACUGACGCAAGCUAUCCAAAGCACCAGUCUGCUCCCAUUUCAAUUGAUAAGAGAUCUGUCUCACCUCAUCCAUCAGAACUGGAAAAUCUAGUCUCAAAUUUUGAUUCACAAGCAGAAGGUUUUGCAGAUGAGGAGAAAGAAGAAGACGACCAUGACGAUCAUCAAAAUGCUCCUGCAAGUACAUACAACACCCUUAUGGCUUUUGCAUCACGGGCCUUAGGUGAUAGAUCUCUGCACAAUUUCAAGGAAACUCAUACCCAAUCAGGAUACAUGGCCGAUGCGGAAUACACUGAUAAUAACCUACCAAAGGUUUUGAAGGACGACGAUAUCGAUUCUGAUAGCUACUUGAGCAAUAAUGACUUCCGUCCCGGUGAGUUGGCUCCUGUGCCUGAUCCAUUUUACGCGCAAGAGUUGAGUGAGCAACGAAUGAAGGUUAAUGAUUUCGAUGAAAACAGAUCUGAGGGUUCCUUAGCUGAUGAAAGUCAAUAUGAAUCUCAUAGAAGUGAUUAUCAGCAAGACAAAGAUGUACAUGUGCAAGUUGAUGGUAAUACAAACACGCAGAGAGAGAAAAAGGUACUGAAAUCACAGGAUGAAAAGGUAUCUGAAUUAGGAAAAGUGUCUGGGGCCGCAAACACUCAAGUGUGUAAAUAUAACGAUAAACUUCAAUAUCUGAGUGAUGAGUCCCCUCCAGCGCCAAUAUUCAAAUCGAUUGAAGAAGAUGAUGAUCCUGAGACUGUUUUACAAAAUUUGAAAGAGGCUGAGAAAAAGUAUAAUAUAAAAAUUGAUGCAGUCGAGGACUUGGAAAGAAGUAUAAGAUCCUGUUCUGAGCCACCAGAUGCAGAUCCCGAAAACAAGGGUAUAUCUAAAACGGAUAUUAAUAUUUUGGAUAUUGUGGAUGCACUGGAUGAUAACGCGAAUAAAUGGAGAAAGAUCCCUGUGCCUGUAUUGGAAAAUAUUGAAGCAAAUUCCAGUUCAAAUUCUACAACUUUUGACAGUAAUUCGAGUAGAUUAGAACUGGAUGAUGUUAAACUUGAUGAAGUGGCGGAUGACUUUGCCUUCAAAUCUGAAUUUGAAUCCCGGUCUGGUGGCGUGAUAGAAGGAGAUGCAAUGGAAGUUGAAAAUGUGGAGACUGAACCAGAACACCAAGCUCACGACGAAUUUUAUGAAGCUGCAUUGUCUAUUCAAGAGCAUACCAGUAGUAGAGAGGAAGAUCAAGAGAGAAGUAUACUGCCAAUUGAAUAUGAUGCUCUUAUUAAUCCAUUCGAAAAUAAUAUGGAUUAUGAAGAGAGGGAGGACAAGACUGGAGUUGAACAAGCAGUUGUACAAGAUGAUGAAAAUAUUGUGGAGUCAAGUUUAGCCAAUUCGGAUCACGGAAGCACUUCUGCAACGGAACGUCCAGCUUCAGAGAAUACAGAAGUAGAAGAGAUUGACACCCCCAUGCUUGAUUCACUACACGAGUCCAGCUUCUAUACCGAGUAUAGUGGGAGUGCUGGAGUUUCAGAUUAUUACGAAGAAGACCAUAGCAGGAGUAGCUCAGUCAAAGGGGGCACUGAAAAAGAGGAACCUGGUAGAGAAGAUGCACUGGAAGAAACGUUUGACAGGGGUGAAGCUGAACGCUCAGAGCUGAAAAAUCGAGAUGCAGUGCAACUUACUGAAUAUGAAGAUGUCACUAUUACUAGUAACAGUCCUGAUACUGAGGAGGAGGAAGAGGAGAGGGAAAUGACUGUGAUAAGUACCGACUCUGAGAAGGAGGAAGAAGGUCAACAAGAAGAAGGUGUCACGAUCAUUAGUACUAACUCCAGUUGUAAAGAAGAAGACCUUACGGUAAUUCAUAUAAAUUCGAGAGGUCAUGAAGGUAGUGAUAAAGAUAGUGAUGACUUGUCAAGCCCAAGUUAUUGUGGAAGACUCGCUAGCAUGGAGCAAACCUAUACGACUAACGUGAAACCUGAAACUGGAUAUGAAGAAGAUUCACGCCAAAGUGAGCUAACUUUGUUGACUGAACCUGUACCUGGUCGGACCGAUAGGGAGGGGGGUAUUGAAAUUCGUACAUUACAACCCGAGUCUGCUUUAGCUGAAAGAGAUGUCGAUAAUGAACUUGUACAAGACGUUAUAGAUAUGGCUUAUCGCUUAGCUGAGAAUGAGGGGUAUGGCGAUGAUCUUCAAGAUGACUCAUUUGGUGGGCUCGAUAGAGAGAGCGGUCUGCACAUUGAGAACUCAGGCAAAAAAGUGCCAAUUGGACACAUAGAAGAAUCAAAUACAGAGUCUUCAUUUGAAAUCAAACUUACUCCCUCCGAGAUUCGCAAAAAGCUACUUUACAUUUUCCCUAAUGUGGGACCAACAACGUUAUCGAUUCUUCGGACUCGUGAAGCUCUAUCCCAGUCAAGAAAUCGGGAGUCGGCUAAUUUGAGUCAUGGUCCAAAGAAAUUUGGCUCUGCAAAAGGCUCCAGUGGUUUGGAGAUCACCGAAGAAAAGCCUACAAUAGAUGUUUUGGGUCUACAAGACCACCAAGUUUUGGAGACUACAACGGCUAGCGAGUCCCAGUCGUCAAAACGUCCAGAUGAAGUAGUGAAAUGCUCUUUGAAAAAAGUAUUUCAUGAUGAAAAUUCCGGGUCGAGUUAUGUAUCUGAACAAGGGGCCUAUGAUGCAGAAAAGAUUGAUGAAAACGUCGCACGUGAAACGGAAGAAGAAGAUGAAGAAGAUCGAGACAUGUCUGAAGAUAAAUUCGUUUUUGGAAGUACCCUAAACACUGGGGCUGGAGCCGAUAAUAGGGCAGACGUUACUAUAGCAACAGAAAUAUUGACUCAUGAAGAUAUUUCUGACAAAGAAGAACUGAAUCAUGAAGACGUUUCCGAAAUUGAAGAAGAUUCUGGCGAACCCCCUGAGUCCGUACAUGGCGAAGCUGUAGGAGGUCUUUUACAAGCAGCCACCAAGUUCUUCGAAGAGAUGGAAUAUGGUGAGCCGUCAGUGUUGCAAAGUGAUGAAGGGGCAGUUUCGGGUAAUGAAAUUAUAAGCACUUUAACCAAUGGUGCCUCUCAAUUUAUUGAGGAGAUGGAUGAGGGUAAAUUAAAUGAAGAUGAAGGUGAAAUCAAUGAAGAUGUUACAUCAGAUGACGGAGAAGCAGGGAUCAGUUCACCAAAAAGUGCACAGCUUGAUUCUGUAAAUGAUAUAGCUGACGCCGCAUCACACUUUGUUGAGCAAAUGGAAGGAGAUUCUACAGAAGAUGCUAGCGUUUCUGUUGACGAAAAGGACGGCAAUGCUACCGAGGGUGUUUCCAAAACCGUCAAGUUUGCCGAAUUUGCGUCUCUGAGGUUGAAUUCGUUCUCUGAAAUUGCAAAGAGAUUAAUGGAAACAACUGUGAUGAAUGAACUUUCAGACGAGCUUUCAGAUAGCAAUAAUGAUGAAUCGAUUGAGAGUGUAAAUGUUGAAAUUACAUACACAAGGCCUUCAACAAGAAGACGGAGAAAGAAGAGGGUCAAAAGGCACAAUUUAUUGCCAGACACAGCCUCUGUGCCAUUUCCAGUAAAGAAUCCAGACGCUGCUACUUUACUUGUUCCAAGUUUGGAUCCUGUGACUAAGGAAGAAGAGGUCGUGAAUCAAGUAGAUACCUGUGACAACUCAAGUACAUCAGAUAUUGAGCAAAAUGAAGGAACGUCCGCUGAAGAAAAAAUAAAGGAGAAAUCGCAAAUUGAUAAUGGCAACUCUAAGUUUUCGAAUUCAGAACUCAGCAAAGAUAUCUCAGUGUCACGGGAUGAGGGUCAUGAGGAGGCGGUAAGUAGUACCAAUGAUGACCCCAAAGUGGGUUCGAAAAUAGUUUCUGAUCAAAUACCAUAUGAGUUACCUGCUGCUCCUCAGUCUGAUGAGAUUCAGACCACUUUGGAAAAUAUAGCUAAAUUGAAAACUACAGAGCCCUCACUUGAAUUUAGAGAGCCAUCUCCGGUCCCGAUUAUGAGACGCAAUCCAUCUAAACGGAAGGCGCGUGCAAGGAGACGCAGAAUACUUGGUUUGGAUUUGAGUGAAAUUGAGCGAUUUGAACCUUUGAACAUCGAAGAACACGAUAAUGAAUUUUAUGAGGACGAGUCAGAUUCCAGAGGGAGAAAAAGAGUGGUAUUGAACGAAUCAUUGCCUCAGUCAUCCAUUACUACGAUGGAGUAUCCCGCAUCUCGAACUAGAUCAAAGUCACCAUUAAAAAAGAGAAGGAAAAUUGAAUAA